AUGGUCCUCGGCCUCCUGGCCAUCGCUGCGAUCCCCACCACCAUUGGUGUGGCCGAGGGGAUCUCUGAAGGGAGGAAAGAGAAUGAUCCCGAGACCGAGGAGGAACGUAUGAGGAAGUUCCAACUUGAGUGUUUCUGCGGCGCCAAUAGUCAAAAGGCGAAGGAGAUCGAUGGCGGACACAUCGUCCUCAGAGGAGAAAAGCUCUACAUCGUACCACGACAUUCGUCUAGUACUAGCCAUCCAUUUGAAGGUUUCUACAUCGAAUACCCUGAUCCCGAGAGACCCCGACCUCUACCGUUGGGGUUAGUAUCUACCAUCAGCAAAGAUCCACCCAUGUUGAAUUGGAUGUACGUCGACAAGAAUACUCGGGAGGUCAAAUAUGGGAAUCGAACUCAGAGCAGAGCGCAUAUUGUUGGAUCCUGGGGCUGGGAUGCCGGCGAAGAGGGAGGUGCUGGAGGGCUCACGUUAGCAGGAGGAGAGGGAGCCGUGGCUGUGGAGGGAGAUGACGGAUGGGAGAUCAGAUGGGAAGAUGAAGAUGGGAAGGCGGGCGUUGAGAGGAGGCAAAAGCUGACCAUUAGUUUGGAGAGAAAGAUGCUGGAACCAAGGGAGGAAGAUAAGCCAUUUCAUGCCAGGGCUAGUGAGAGAGAAGACGACCGACAAACAAAACGGACGAACACAAACAUCGAAUUAACGAACACUACCUUUCAGAGAAGCAAAAGGACCACAGGAGAGCCUGAGAGGGUGGACAAAGCUGUCAAGAAAGGUGCAAAGGAAAAUCACUCGGCGCCGAAGCUAGAGAUCAGGGGCACGACUGUCGAGAGACCCCUUGCAAGGAAGUAG